GGAGAAAGGAAGUCCGUUGCAUGAGGAGAGAGAGGAAGUGCAGCAUCGGAGACAGAAGUGCAAUUUGUACUCGUUGACGUCCAUGUGCGGCGGGCAGGCGUUGGCAAAAUGGAGGACAUUCACCGGCGCUCGAUGAAGUCGAUGCACGUGUCAACGAAACAGUGCAAAACGGACGGGUUCUUUCAAACAUCCGGCUGAGUCAAAGGAGACCGUAAGACAGCGCUGAAGGAUUUAGGAGCCUAAAAAACCAGUAGUACACCCAGGCCUGGUGGCGCUGCACUGCGCGGCAAGCUUCGCCGAACCGCCAAGCGGCACACUUCUUUUCUUUUUUUGGCUGGCGCCACCAGCCAUUGAGGUCCGGUAGCUCCGACCCUCUGGAAUUUUAGGAGUAGGCGAUGAAGAAAUCUUGCAAGGCUGGGGCCGUGUACUGGCGGCUUAAGCACACUGUAAUUUAAGCUUCGGCUCUCGGGUCUUCUACUCUCCGUCGAUUGCUGAAAGGAGUGCUGGAAGGAGUGCAGAGCCUCUCAAGUCUCUGUAAGAGUUCCAAAGCGGCAAACAUGGAGGAGUUCGACCGCCACAUGGAGGAGUUGAAGAAUCUGGUCACAAAAGCAUUGGAAAAGAAGGGGGUGCUUUCAAAGAUCCGGGCUGAGCUGAGGGCGAACAUCUUUGAAACUAUCGAGGAGCAAGAUGACGACACGUCAGGAGAUGACGACAGCAACAGAGGGCUUGCGGACGUGCUCAGCGGUUGCAAUCAACAGUCGAAGGCAUUGCAUGCUAGUCCUUUGGGGAAAUUAUUGGCCGACCUCAUCUGCGAGUAUCUGGAAUGGUGUGAGCUGGACCACACAUUGAAGGUCUACCUGCCAGAGGGCAAGCUGCCUCCCAGGUAUGCGAAGAGAUCACAGCUUGAAGAGGAGCUUGGAAUAUCACCAUCCGUCUCCAAGGGGUUGUUGCCGUCUAGACCGCUUCUCGCAGAGAUACUUGAGGCAUACUGCAAGAGCAGGGUUGCAGUUCAGAGAGCAGCAGGCACACGGGUGGCUAAUGGGUCUUGGAGAGAACACAGUUUCAAGGCUGACAUGCGCGUUGUAGACGGUGCCCAUCGCUCUGGGAGGGAGGAUGUGCCAGGGUUAACACCUUCAGGGUACAGUUCCAGGAGGAGGGAGGGUGUUGGUGUUGCCCGAUCAAUGGAUAUAGAAAGGGAAGGAUAUCGCGUUACGGAGUUUCGAAGGUCACUUGAUAUGGAGAGAGAUGGGCGGAGGUCUAUGGACAUGGACCGAGAUACGCGAACCAAGGAAGCAGAGAGGGAUGCACGGCGGAUGGACAUGGACCGCGAUCUUCGGUCGCCAGUUGAAGAAGUAGCGCCGAUUGCCCGUGGUGGGUACGUCGGAUUCAAGAGUGCAGGCCCGAGCUUCUCCGAGAACAACUUUGAUGGUGUGAAAAGAUUUCAUGGCAGUAUCCCUAACAGUAGGGCCUCUUCCAUGGAUCACACCACACCUCUUUCUGUGGUUGCAUCGACGGUCUAUGAAGUCAGGAGUAAUAACGAGUUUAACGGUGCAGACAUCAGUCCGAUUGGAAGAAACUCGGAGAGAGAUGAAGCGGAAAUGUUAGCCGCAGGAGGGCUUCUCGGGAGCCGUGGAAGCUUCAGCGUCCCCACUCCUGUAGAAGCUGCACUUGGAGCAGGUCAAGGAGGAGCCUCAGGGUUUCCUGUUAGCAGUGGCGGGAUUGGCGUUGCUCCCGGCAGCUUUGGAGCGGGCACAGCUGGAAUGAUUGUUGAAGGCAUUAACAGCACUGUCAUCGCGUCGAAUGUCGGCAGCUUCGGUCUGGGUGUUUCGUCCGGGAGUUAUGGAGGGAGCGGGGGGGGUCCUGGUGCUGUUGCCCCGGAGCAGGGCGCUCCGUCACAACAGGAAACACAUCAUAGGCGAGGCAGCUCAUUGCAAAUGGCGAACGAUGCACGGAGUCGAAUAGCCACCCUAAGCAGCGGCCCGGGAGCUGUCAGCACUGAAGUUAUGGAACACUUUGUAUGUCCAGAGGUGACAAAGGAAGGGACUAUUCAGGGUCGCCUGGAGAGGACUGCACUGAAAUGGUGCACAUCCUUUGCAGCGAAACAGAAUUUGCCCAUGGACAAAUGGGCACAACAGCUGAAAGUGGAGGGGUUGUUGCAGGCCCUGCGGGACCGGUUUGCAGACAGGGAGCAGGCCCGAAAAGCAGCAGAUAAGAUACUGCUGUUGGGCUCGCUCAGAUUUGAGGGUUCCGUGUCCAAGCUCUACGGUCUGUUUGAGAGCUUGACUGCUACACCCGGUCUGGAGAUGAGUGAGUUUGACCAGCUCACCCAUUUCCUUUGCGCAACGCCUCCAGACUACUCCAUUGCUUUGUAUUCUCAGGGCCACAAGGACUGGAGGUCCAUUGGCAAAGCGGCCCUGGACCUGGAGUCUCGGCUCAAGGUUCAGGAACCUUCUGAAGGAAGGAGGAGACCCUCUUCCAGGGGACAGCGCAGGAAGAAGGGUGCUCUAUUAGCUGCUGAUGCAGGUUCUGAUUCUGAUGCAUCUCAGUGUGGCAGUCCUUCAUCUGAGACUGCAUCAGUAUCAGCAGUUGAGCCAACCGUUCUUGCCCUGGCUGAGAACCUUGCUGCCAUGUUCAAAGGAAAAGUGGGCACCAGCACCAGCGAGGGCUCAGCCAUCCAGAAGGGGAAAGGGAAGGGACGUGCCUCUUCCCCUCAGGCCCAGAGAGCUAACCUACCACGAGACGUCCAUUGGCAAGUCAACGUCAUGGAUCCUUCCACCCUUCCCCGGAGAGCGCUCAGGAUCCAGGAAGGGCAAUGGCAGAAGAGGAAGGAACGUUUUGGACCAGUUUCCCACCUGAUGCAGGAGCCUACUGGACUUGUCCAUAGGCAGACCCAACACAGGAUUGAGCUCCUGCCAGGUGCGGUCCCUCCCAAGGGUCGUAUCUUCAGGAUGUCACCUGUUGAACUCGAGGAGCUCAGGAGACAGCUUGAGACCCUGACCAGCAAGGGCUGGAUCAAACCCAGCACAUCUGAAUUUGGGGCUCCAGUUCUCUUUGUUCCAAAGGGAAAUGGAGAAUUCAGGAUGUGCAUCGAUUACAAGGGUCUCAAUAAGAUCACUAGGAAGUCUACUGAGCCCCUUCCUAGGAUUGACGAUCUGCUGGACAUGGUGCAGGGCUGCACAAUUUUCAGCAAGAUCGAUCUCAAAUCUGGCUACCACCAGAUUGAGAUGGCUGAAGGCGAUGUCCACAAGACUGCCUUCAAGACCAGAUACGACACUUAUGAGUACCUGGUCAUGCCUUUCGGUCUUUGCAAUGCCCCUGACACAUUCCAGACAGAGAUGCAUUGCAUACUCAGGCCUUACCUGGACAGGUUCGUAGUUUUAUACCUGGAUGAUAUCCUGGUAUUCAGUCGAUCUGUCGAGGAGCAUGCACAACAUCUGGCUCUGGUUAUCCAGGCACUACAUGAGGCCCAGUAUAAGAUCAACAGGGAUAAGUCCUCCUUUGGAGUGACUUCUGUGACUUAUCUGGGACAUGUAAUCUCUGGGGAAGGGCUGGCUCCUGAAGCAACUAAGGUUGUGGCGAUUCAGGACUGGCCGCAGCCUACCACAAGCGCUAUGCCACCAAACAACUUGCCAGCAUCCUCGUACGGGGUUGUGACGUGUCACAUCUGUGGAAAGGUUGGUCAUUAUGCCAAGAACUGCUGGCAAGCAGCGAACAGGCAGAAGCCGAAGGAGGAGAAUACGGAGGUGAGAGAAUUGCUCUUACGGAUUUCUAAAAGAGAAAAGGAGGAGGAUAGAAAGAAGAAAGAAGUGGAAGAGGCGAGGAAGAAAGAGGAGGAUGAGCGGCGUGAGAGUGAGAAGCUACGAGAGGAACAGGCAAGAGAGGCAAAGCUGGAAGCGACUAUUGUUCGCAUCCUCCAGCAGCGAAAGGAAUCGGGGGUGAUUUCGCCUAUCCCUCUGAUUGCACCAGCUUCUCACGUAGCUUAUGAGCCUAAGAAGCAAUCACCAAGUUCUAAGGCUCGUAUGCUGCGUGAUAUUCGUAGUUAUAUUGCCGAAUCAGAGGAUGAAAGUGAGGAGGUGAAAGAAGAAGCGGAGAAGUUAGCCGAGGCGCUAGAAAGAAGGAAGAAUUCUAGGAAGGGUGCUAGUACUGUGUGGGCAGCGGUAAGUCGAGCGGCAAGAAGGUUACACCUCGGAAGGAGAAAGCUCGGGUUCAUGAGAAUCCGGCGAAGGAUGACGGCUUCGAGACUCCGACGAAGAUGUGUGCUGCAGAGUGCUCUGGUGAUGGUACGAUGGAGUUUGCGUUGACACAAACCAAGGUACUGAAAGUUAAUGAGAUACGAAAGAUAUGUGAUCGAGAAGCCGUCGACUACGUCAAAAGGAGAUAGCCAUCCAUAAGAUUGUGAGGUGCCGUACAAGACUGACAUACGAGGAAUUUUUUACACUUAAGAGUGCGACACCAUC